AUGACCAACGACAAAAUGUGCUGUCGAAAAUAUCGAUAUGACCCUGAGGCCGGGAUGAAACGGAGGUCCGAAUUCAUUGACCUUCCAUCCCUGCAUGAUGCUACAAAGGGAGAUUGGGAGGCACUGCCUCAAGGAUGCAAUUUGGCAGUGCUAUUCCUUACGGAUCUGGUGUCCAGUGGGUCCGAGGGAGGAGCAGGAGGGGUCAACGUGGAUUGGACGAUUCACUUGCCUCUCAUGCUUCACAUGCUUGUAUUGGGACUAGAUCAUACGCGAGCCUUGGUUGCGGGGCAUUGCGUGUCCCUUCUUGCGCAACUCCUCAUCGUGCUCGGCCCGCACGGAGAUCACCUAUCCGUAGCAGGUUCAGCGUUGAAGGCCAUAUCCUCUUGCUCGUUCUCCGGAGAAUGCGGCGGAGAUUCGUCUCAUUCCGCUCCUCCUACUCCGACACCCCCUGCAUUUCAGUGGGACUUCACGAAAUCUACUGAAAACUUGGAAAGAUUCCUAGAAGAUCCUCAUGGGGCCCAGAAGGAGCAACGGCAGCAAAAGCAAGAGCAGUCUUCUAAAUUUGAUCCACAUGUGCCAGAAGGAGAAGAGAAGGAAGGAUCGGAUUCGGCGGUCCCCGUGAUAGUGACGACGGAAGAAGGUCGAGCAUCCGAGGGACGUUCGGGCUCGAACGAGGAGCCUCCUGAAGUUCCCUCCGUCGAGGAUGUCACCAAGGCUCUCAUUCACUACCUCUUCGCGAGAAAGGAUGGGGCACUGUGGGCUUACGAGGACAUCACCGCUCGUACGUGGGACAUCAAGAGUGCGGGACAACUGUCGUGUCUGGUGCGGUGCGUCUUGAGGGUAUUCCGGGCUUCGCUUCCACAUGCGCGCCUCGAGGAACGUUGGGCUCAGAUUUCCCUCCACGUCGCUCUCUCCUGCUCGUCUCGACAUUACGCCGGGCGAUCUCUACAGGUCUUCCGAGCCCUCGGGGUCCCCGUGACGUCUCGCGUGCUGACGGACAUCCUGUCUCGUCUUGUCGAGACUGUCGCCGAGCAAGGCGAAGACAUGCAGGGAUACGUGGCCGAGAUCAUGCUGACCCUCGAAACAGCUGUAGAUUCCCUGGACUGUGAUUUUCAUGCCAUCGAUGCGACCAAGGACUUAUUCAAAUCGACUCCAAACCUGAACGACCAGGAGCCCGGACGACGAACGGUGGGUCCUGCCAUAGGACAGAGUUUUCUUGUCUCCACUCCUUCCAUCCCAAGUCACGCGAGGAGUACCAGCUAUUCCACGUCUCACGGGACUAGGAAACCCGUGUUGGGUUCUCCGACGGUAGAGCGCAGAGGAGAGAUGCGGAACAGAAGCGGAACGGAAGGAGAGAAAAGGGACAAGACGGCAGGAUACGUGACCAAUCUUUCUCGUUCUCGCAGUGCUCAGUCAUUGAAGGUCGUGGCCGAUUCCGCUUCUCGGGACGACAAGAUGUCCGUCCUGGCUCAACUCUUCUGGAUCGCAACGUUCGUCCUCGAGUCGGACUACGAGUACGAAUUCCUCCUAGCCCUGCGACUGUUGAACAAAGUAUUGUCGCACUUCCCGCUGGAUCGACCCGAUUGCCGGGAGAAACUCGAGCGCAUCCAGAUGCGAAUGAAGUGGACCGCUUUUCCUGGCCUCCAUUCUCUCGUCCUCAAGGGACUCACCAACAAAGACACUUACGAACCGGCUCUGGCAUUAAUUUCGAAGUUCACCACUUUGAUGGAUCUUACCGUCGUCGAUCCUUCUGGCACCGUGGGAUUCCCCAUAAACGUUAUGGCUCUCCUUCCAUACAUGAUUCAUCAUUACGAGGAUGCAAAUGACCUAUGCAUCUGCAGUGCUGAAAAUAUCGCUCAGGUAUCUUUGGAGAAGAGUAGCAAGCUGGAAAAUCUGGCUACGGUCAUGACUCUUUACAGCCAUCGUAAUUUCAGCAAAGAAAGUUUCCAGUGGACAAAGUGCGUUGUGAAAUACCUCCACGAUGCAUAUUCCCAUCUCUCACUAGUUGUGAUCACUUUCCUAGUGGAGGUGUUGGAGAAAGGUCCAACCUUGGUCCAAGCCCCAAUCCUCAACAUCCUCCAUUGCAUCCUCCAUUACAUCGAUAUUCACUCUCAGCAACCCCCAGUCAUCAAUGGAGACCUACUCCGUGCCGUUGCCCGCUUUGUCGAGGUCUGUUCCUAUUCAACCAUUUGGGUUGACAGAUGCAUGUCAUAA